AACUGUCAUCGAAACGUCAAUCCAAAGCGGCUGUCAAAAAAUACUCCACCGUGGUAAAAAGAAGUAUAUAUUUUCUUAUUUUCGUAUUCUUUUUGUGAUUUUCAUUAAAAAUAAAAGAAUUUAUCAACCAAAAAUGGUUCGUGUUGGCCUGCAAAUCAAUGCAACCUUAGAAAAUGUUGAUGAACUAGAAACUUGCCAUCCAAAUUAUUCCUUCUUCAUUAAAAUCAAGUGCACAAAUUGUGGCGAAGAAUCAGACAAAUGGCAUGAUAUCACCGAAUCAGAACGAACCCAACAAGACUCCCGUAAUCCUGAUGGAUUCAAUUUUUAUAUGAAAUGUAAAAUGUGCAGCAGAGAAAAUACAAUUGAUAUUGUGGAAAAGACUAAUGUGAAAUAUACUCAAGAAGAUUCAGGUAAAUUAAAAACCAUUGUCAUCUUUGACUGCCGUGGCGCUGAACCAACAGCAUUCUCUCCACGAACGGGAUGGAUUGUAAAAUCUUCCGAAAAUGGACAAACAUUCGAGGAUGUUGAUCUCUCCGAAGAUGAUUGGGUUGAAUAUGAUCAGAAGAAUAAUAACUCUGUUGGAAUUUAUGAAUUUUCAUCUCAAUUUAUCAAAUUAAAGAAAUAAAUAAAAAUUAUAAAUAAUGUUUUAAUUUUAUUAAAAAAAAAUUAUUAAAACCA